AUGUCAUCGUUGUUGUCGUCGUUUUCCCAUGUCUUCACUGGCUGGAGGAGGGCAGCACCAGCCACAGACAUAGAGGCUCAAGUCAUCUCUGAGACUUCGCCUCGCACAUCCGUCGACAACCAGCUUCCCUCUCCUCCCUGUGCCAUGGUCCACGAGGCUCGCGCACAAGCUGCCAGCGAAGAAGAGGGCACAGACCCUCUCGACGACUUCUUCGGCGUGGAUCACUCCUCGUCGCGAAGGGGUACACACGAUAGCCAGCAUGACGAUGUCACAUACUCGGGUUCUUAUACCGACUUACCGCCGCCGUAUGCAUCUGCCGAGAAUCCACCUGUGUACACUCGCGUGGAUGAGCAGCCUACGCUCGCGCAGUAUCUGUUCGUGUACGGCUUUCUCUUCCCAGUCUUUUGGUUUGCAGGAGCCCUUAUCCUGAUCUCCCCGCUCCGGGCACCUGACGACUGGGAGAGCUGGAAGACAGAGGCGGAGAGGCGGGAGAUUAUCCAAGUGAUGAGACAGACGGAGGUCAAAUGGGCGAAGCGCUGCCUCCUUGCACUCGCGGUGCUUGCUGUCAUGAUCCUUGUGAUUGUACUCGCCGUCGUCUAUGCGUGGAGACUAUGA